AUGGCAGCCCUCUUGGCUACACCUAGGCAUAAGGCUAAUGCGAUAAUGAAAGGGACAAUGAGGAUACCCCCGAUGGAGGUUGAUACCCUCUAUGGGUAUACCUUCCGUAAGGAUGGUGGCCCAGCAGGCCCAGUGGAGGACGACGAGGAGGUUCGUCAAGGCCUGGCCAGGUGGCAAGCAGAUGCAUGUGACCUUGUUAUGAAUGUAGAGGAUUUGGAUGCUGAGAGGAAGGACCGUAAUGGGUGCACUACUAUGCAUCUAGCUGCUGCUGCAGGCAAUAGGAUGAGGCUAUUGAUGGGCAUGGACGGACCCCAGCGGACCUUGCUUCUGCAUGGGGAUGGACUGAGAUGUUAUUCAUGA